AUGACGAUCAUCAACAGUCUAUCCUCCAACAAUGCUGUCAAGUUUGACUACAUUAUUGUCGGGGGAGGGACAGCGGGCUGUGUAAUUGCGAGUCGGCUGUCAGAAUACCUGCCUGACCACCGAGUCCUUAUGAUCGAAGCGGGUCCAAGUGAUCUCAACGACAAGCGUGCUCUUAUCCUCAAACAACGAGUCGAGAUGCAAGGUACAGACUUGGAAUAUAGAUAUAACUCCGUUGAGCAACCAAGAGGGAAUAGCCACAUCAUACACGCUAGAGCUAAGGUCCUCGGCGGAUGCUCAAGCCAUAAUGAUAUGGUUUCACUUCGGACUCCGAAAUACGACGCUGUUACUUGGGAGCGCUUAGGCUGUAAAGGCUGGUCGUUUGAGACUUUUACACGCUUGCAGGACAAACUCCGACUUCAAACAUAUCCUGCCGCACACCCUCGCGAUCGUAAUGAUCUAAGUAGAGAUUGGCUCACCUCGGCUCAGAAAUCCACAGGGCUACCCUUCAUUCCAAGCUUCAAUGAUGCCAUCUCUUCACCAAAGGGACUGGCUGCUGGUGCUGGUUGGACUCCGCUUUCAUACAACCCAGAUAACGGCCAUCGAGCAAGCGCGAGCGUAGCCUACAUUCACCCCAUCCUGCGGGGAGAGGAGAAACGGCCGAAUUUGACUAUUUUGACUAAUGCUUGGGUCAAUCGGGUGAACGUUCAAAACGGCGUUGCUGUAAGCGUUGACGUUGAGUGUCAAGGUGGGUCAAGAACAGUUGUACAAGCGGGUGCAGAAAUAAUUCUAUGUGCUGGAGCAUUUGAUACCCCUAGACUCAUGCUACUGUCCGGCCUCGGGCCUCGCAAGCAACUGGAGUCCAUCAAGAUACCAGUGGUGAAGGACAUCCCCGGCGUUGGCGAAAACCUACAAGACCACCCUUGCUCAACGGUGGUCUUCAAUCUCCACAAACCAGUUCCAUUAACAACCGCAACACAUUCGGACGUGAUCGGACUGUUCCGUCACAAGCCUGAAAACUAUGCUGGUAAUGACGGAAGGAUCCCAGAUACCCUCAUGCAUGUAUGGGCUCUAGAGUUCUGCUCGGAAACUAGUCGCAUGGGAUACCCUGUGCCGGAGAACCCGUUCUGUAUGUUGCCUAUCAUACUACGGCCCGAGUCAAAAGGACGGGUAUACCUAAUUUCUAAUGAUCCCCAAGAGCCACCGGCCAUCGACUUCAGAUAUUUCGAAAACACAGAUUAUGACGGAGAGUUGCUUGUAGCAGGUAUCAAGACGGCGAGGAGGAUAGCCCAGACGGAGCCAUUCAAGAGCUGGAUCAAGGAGGAGGUUGCACCAGGGCCGAAUAUUGUGUCGGACGAAGACCUUGACCAGUACGCCCGCUCUGUCUCACAUACUAUGUACCAUCCGGCAUGUACAGCGAAGAUGGGCGACAUCGAGAAUGACCCCCUGGCCGUGGUCGAUCCCCAGCUCAGGGUGCGUGGUGUGAGGAAUCUGCGUGUUGCUGACGCGAGUGUCUUCCCCACAAUGGUAACUAUCAAUCUGAUGUUGACAGUACUGGCUGUCGGCGAACGAGCUGCGGAACUUAUUGCUGAGGACGCGGGCAUGGCCGGACUGCAAUCUAGGUUGUGA